ACCACAUUUGCGUCUUCGCUGUUAGUAAGGACAGUAUUAGUUUGCUCUUACAGUAUCUACAGCAGUCGUUGUUUAUUUUAAGUUAUAUACGUAACAUACAAUACGUGUUGUAAUUAUGAGUGAAUUCACGACCUUCACUGAAGGAGAGUUCUAUGAGGGGCAUUUUGACUCGCGAGCUUAUGUGAAGAAUUUUUAUUCCUGCCCUAGCGGUCACGCUGACGAGAAGAAUUUCCUUACUUUCGUUUUGAGAUGCCUUAGCAGAGUUUUCUCGGCGGGAGAACAUAAAGGCAAGCGGCUGAUCGAUGUGGGCAGUGGACCAACUAUCCACAGCGUCUUGAGUGCGUGCGAACAUUAUGACGAGAUUGUGCUGUCUGAUUUUGCAAAUAACAAUCGUAGAGAAAUUGAAAAAUGGCUGAAAAAUCAAGAGGGAAGUUUAGAUUGGAAACCUAUGUUGCAGUACGUUUGUGAACUGGAGGGGAAAAGCCCGUCUGAUUUGGAGGCUACACUGAAGCAACGAGUCAAGAAAGUUUUAAAAUGUGAUGUCCGGUUGGAGAAUCCAUUUUAUCCACACACACUGGAACCAGCUGACUGUGUCAUAACAUCUCUGUGUCUGGAAGCAGCGUGUAAAGACUUUCAAACAUACUGUCGUUCUUUACAUGGGCUGACCAAACUUCUGUGUCCUGGUGGACUUUUGGUCAUGAUAGGUGUUCUGGGUGAGAGCUUCUACAAGGUGGAUGAACAGCUCUUUUCUUGUCUUGGACUGAGUCGGGAUAAUAUUGAAGAAGCUCUCAGUGGUUUAGGCCUCUCAAUCCAGGAAUUUAAUAUACUGCCUGCAGAAGACAGAGAGAACAACUCUGUGUCUGACUUUGAGGCCGUUUUUCAUCUUGUAGCUAGAAAACCCUCUGAGUGAAAGCGCAAAUAGAGGGAUUUAUAUAAUACAGCAAAACAGUUGUAUUUAAAGCUAGAGUACACCUAAAUAAAUCCUUUUAUAGCCCAGGAUUUUUCUGCUUAUUAAUAAA